CAAAUUUAGUUCAUUCUUUUGCCGUGAGACUUCUUUCAUAAUAAAUCUGUGUAUGGCUCUGUGGUAGCACUGCAAUGGAUUUGUAUUAGUUGACGUAUUUAAUAUUUUCCGGAUUUUUCGCAGUAGCUGUAGGAUUAUGUAUUAGUAGGUUAGAAGAUUGUGUAAAUAAAUACGUUCUACAAUAAUCAGUAAACACUAUCUUGAAAUUUGGUAUAGCUUCAAAUUCAAGAUUUUCAGUCAUUAAUAACUGAACAGUAUGCAGAGAUUUUUUGAGUUCUUCACAUUGUUAACUUAAUGUAGACAUGGAGGCUGAGGAACCCAAAUCAACAAAGCAUUUUAAAUGUGCACAUGAUGGUUGUGCUGCUGUAUUUGAUAGGCCUUAUAGAUUAACACAGCACCAAUUAACACAUUUUAACUAUAAGCCCUUUGCCUGUGUAGAAGAUGGGUGUGAAAAAUCAUACACAAGCAAAAGUCACUUAGAGAGACAUAUAAAUAGUGCACAUCGAAGUUACAAUGCAGAUGCCUUGUAUAGUUGUCCUAAAUGUUUAAAACAAUAUGCAAACAGACAAAAUUUGAAGAGGCAUUAUAAAAUUCAGCACCUUGAUGGUAUCAAACCAUUUUCAUGUGAACAAUGUCCACUCUCAUUUAAACUUAAAUUUCAAUUGAGCACCCAUAUGUAUCACCACACUGGAAUUAAGGCUUUCAAUUGUCCAAUGUGUCCAAAACAAUUUGUGACAAUAACCGAACAAAAGAAGCAUAUAAGAAACCAUAAAGUGUUCACAUGUGAGUAUUGUAAUCAACAAUUUACAAGAUGGACGGAUAUAUUGCACCACAAGCAAACAAAUCAUCAGUCAGAAGAAUAUAUAUGCGAUGAUUGUGGAAAAACAUUUAACCAAAGGAAGCACAUUGUCCGUCAUGUUAAACUUCACAUGGAUUCCCGGCAGAUAUCAAUAUACUUUUGUCCUUUCGAAAAUUGUUUUAGGCAUUAUUCACGAAACAGCAAUUUGAAACAGCACAUACAAGUUAAACAUGAAGGAAUGACAUUCAAUUGCCAUCUAUGUGAUGCAAAAUUAACUACAAAGGCUAAAUUAAAUGAACACAUAGAAAGGCACAAUCGUCCUGCAAUGUAUAAGCCACCAAAAACUCUUGUCACCGGUAGAAAAAAACGUAAAGAUGCCUAUGUACCGAGGACAAAUACAGCACUUAAGUUAGCGGGACUGCACUGUUCCUUUGAACAAAAUCCAUAUAUGGCGCAAGGUGGACUUGGUGAAUCUAAUGUAGAAAAUGAAGGUGUUAACCAGCUUUGUAAUAUAGAAAUCCAACAAGCAAAUCCUAUAAUCAAUUGAAGAUAAAACUGUUUGGUUGAAAAUUGUGAUAGUACCAUAUUUGUACAAAUUAAAGUAUUUAUAAUUUA